AGCCCCCAGGUUUCCCCAGAUGCCAAGUAAACAUUCCUUUUCCUGCCUGAAGAUCAUCUGUGACAACCUUGGCCAUGGCAUCAGUAUCAGAGCCUAUUACAUUCAGAGAGUUCUGCCCCUUGUACUAUCUCCUCAAUGCCAUUCCCACAAAGGUCCAGAAGGGCUUCCGCUCUAUUGUGGUCUACCUCACAGCUCUCGAUACCAAUGGGGACUACAUUGCUGUGGGCAGCAGCAUCGGCAUGCUCUACCUGUACUGCAGACACUUCAACCAGAUGAGAAAGUACAACUUUGAGGGGAAAACGGAACCCAUCACGGUGGUGAAGCUGCUGAGCUGCUUCGAUGACCUCGUGGCUGCGGGCACCGCCUCUGGGAGGGUCGCUGUCUUUCAGCUUGUGUCCUCGCUGCCGGGGAGAAACAAACAACUUCGGAGAUUUGAUGUCACCGGUAUUCACAGAAACAGCAUAACCGCGCUGGCUUGGAGCCCCAAUGGAAUGAAAUUGUUCUCUGGUGAUGACAAAGGGAAAAUUGUCUAUUCUUCUCUGGAUCUAGACCAGGGCGUGUGUAACUCGCAUCUGGUGUUGGAGGAGCCGUCUUCCAUCGUGCAGCUGGAUUAUAGCCAGAAAGUGCUGCUCGUGUCUACACUACAAAGAAGCCUGCUUUUUUACAUGGAAGAAAAGUCUGUCAAGCAGAUUGGAACACAACCAAGGAAAAGCACUGGGAAGUUUGGAGCUUGUUUUAUACCAGGACUUUGUAAGCAGAGUGAUCUGACCUUGUACGCGUCACGGCCUGGGCUCCGUCUGUGGAAGGCGGAUAUCCAUGGGACUGUUCAAGCCACGUUUAUCUUAAAAGAUGUCUUUGCUGGAGGAGUCAAGCCUUUUGAACUGUACCCACGUCUGGAAUCCUCCGGCAGGGGAGGUUGCGGCUUACCUGAGAGACACCUGGGCCUUGUUUCAUGUUUCUUUCAAGAAGGCUGGGUGUUGAGUUGGAACGAAUAUAGUAUUUACCUUCUAGACACUAUCAACCAGGCCACAAUUGCUGGUUUGGAAGGGUCAGGUGACAUCGUGUCUGUUUCCUGCACAGAAAAUGAAAUAUUUUUCUUAAAGGGAGAUAGGAACAUUAUAAGAAUUUCAAGCAGACCUGAAGGAUUAGCAUCAAUAGCGCGAGAUGGUCUGGAGACACCGGGAUGCUCAGAGCAGGCCCCUGGGCAACGUGGGGAGAAGCCGUCGGGGGCCCCGGUUUCGGAGACAAGGCUCAGGGGCUCUUCCGUGGCCAGUUCUGUGGCCAGCGAGCCCAGGAGCAGGAGCAGCUCACUCAACUCCACCGACAGUGGCUCUGGUCUCCAGGCAGCUCCAGAGCUGGGGAGGGGAGGCCAGCCUGCCUCGCAGAGAUUCAGCGUGAUCAGCUCCGAAGACUUUGACCAGGAGCUUGUCGUGAAGCCUCUGAAAGUGAAAAAGAGGAGGAAGAAGCGAUCAGAAGGUGCACGCAGGAACACCUGCCACAGUUCCCUUGAAUCAACUCCCUGCUCUGAGUUUCCGAGUGACAGUCCCCAGUCCUUGAACACAGACCUGCUCUCCAUGACCUCGAGUUUGGGCAGCAUCGUGGAUCGGUUGAGCACAGAGUCUCCUGACCAGGAGAGUAACCUCAGCGGUGAGGUGAAUGGUGUCCUGCAGGAAAAUAUUGACCCCGAAGCGUUCAGUGUCCUGGAGGUGCCUGAGCCCGCCACUGCCGUCCUGCAUGAAGGGAAUGGCGACAGACCUGGACUCCCACGAUGUGACUGUGCAGAAGACACAGGGCCGCACAGUGGAGUGCGGACUUCACUCCUGGAGCUGAGGGAAGCUGUGGAAGGUAGUGACGCUACAGAACUCAGAGAGGAACCUUGUCCCGCAGACGAUGGACUGAAUAGCAGACAGUCGCCCUGUCGAGAAAAGGACAGCUCUGCAGAGGCCCGGGAAGCAGGGGAUGUGGAGCUUGAUGACCCCCAAAGCACUUUUUCUGAAGUCCCUUUCUUGGACUCACCCCCGGUGCCUUCCAGCCUCAGCUGGGCCCCCCGUGCCGAGCUGUGGCUGCCGGGGACCGGAGCUGAUGAAGGCUGUGCCGAGGAGCCCAGCAAGGAGCAGGGCUUCCUCACACACAUGGGGGGCCCGAGCCACCUUGGCUCACAUCCCUGGCACACUGUCACCGACAGUGACACAGGCCUGAAGGAAAUGGUUGCCUCGGGUUGUGACUCGGGGAGUGUGAGAGGACGGCUGACACCCCCAGUCUCUGCCUUGGUGGCUCACACCCGUGAGCCUCGGCUCGAGCAGCCUUCACGGGACCAGGUGUUGACAUCCAGUGACGAGGAGGACAUCUAUGCCCAGGGGUUGCCUUCUUCUUCCUCGGAGACAAGUGUGACAGAGCUCGGAGGUAGUCGCUCCCUGCAGGACCUAAGCCAGCCUGGCGCGGAGGACACCGGGCUCCUAAAGUCAGAUCAGUUUGCAGAAAGCUGGAUGGGAUACUCCGGUCCCGGCUACGGCAUACUCAGCUUGGCGGUCUCAGAGAAGUACAUUUGGUGCCUGGACUACAAAGGCGGCCUGUUCUGCAGCGCACUGCCGGGCGCUGGGCUCCGCUGGCAGAAGUUUGAGGACGCCGUCCAGCAGGUGGCGGUCUCCCCCUCAGGAGCCCUUCUCUGGAAGAUUGAGCAGAAAUCUAACCGAGCUUUUGCUUGUGGAAAAGUGACCAUCAAGGGGAAGCGGCACUGGUAUGAAGCCCUGCCCCAGGCAGUGUUUGUGGCCCUGAGCGAUGACACGGCCUGGAUCAUCAGGACAAAUGGAGAUCUGUACCUGCAGACAGGUCUCAGUGUGGAUCGCCCUUGUGCUAGAGCCGUAAAGGUCGACUGUCCAUACCCACUGUCCCAGGUCACAGCCCGAAACAGCGUGGUGUGGGCGCUGACAGAGCAGCGAGCCCUCCUGUAUCGGGAGGGCGUGAGCAGCUUCUGCCCCGAAGGGGAGCAGUGGAAAUGUGACAUCGUCAGUGAAAGGCAGGCUUUGGAACCUGUCUGUAUAACUCUCGGGGACCAGCAGACUCUGUGGGCCCUGGACAUCCGAGGGAACCUCUGGUUCCGAACUGGUAUCGUUUCCAAGAAGCCCCAGGGAGAUGACGACCAUUGGUGGCAAGUGAGCAUCACCGACUACGUGGUGUUCGACCAGUGCAGCUUAUUCCAGACCAUAAUCCAUGCCACGCACUCUGUGGCCACGGCAGCCCAAGUGCCCGUGGAGAAGGUGGCGGAUAAGCUGCGCAUGGCGUUUUGGUCUCAGCAGCUGCAGUGCCAGCCAAGCCUCCUCGGGGUCCACAGCAGCGGCGUCUGGAUCUCCUCGGGCAAGAACGAGUUCCAUGUCGCUAAAGGAAAUCUCAUCGGCACUUACUGGAAUAAUGUUGUUCCCCGUGGGACAGCUUCUGCAACGAAGUGGGCCUUUGUGCUGGCUUCCACUGCUCCCUCAAAGGAAGGAAGCUCCUUGUGGCUGUGCCAGAGCAGCAAGGAUCUGUGCAGCGUCAGUGCCCAGGAUGCGCAGUCCCGCCCCUCCACAGUGCAGCUGCCUCCCGACGCUGAGAUGAGGGCGUACGCCGCCUGCCAGGACGCUCUGUGGGCCCUGGACAGCCUCGGGCAGGUGUUCAUCAGGACGCUGUCCAAGAGCUGCCCCACGGGCAUGCACUGGACGCGGCUGGACCUCUCCCAGCUAGGAGCUGUAAAACUGACAAGCUUGGCGUGUGGCAAUCAGCACAUCUGGGCGUGUGACUCUAGGGGUGGCGUGUACUUCCGAGUGGGGACCCAGCCUCUCAACCCCAGUCUGAUGCUUCCGGCCUGGAUAAUGAUUGAGCCCCCGGUCCAGCCCGCGGGGGUCACGUUGGUCAGCGUCCACUGUAGUCCAAACGACCAGAUGCUGUGGGCGCUUGACAGCAGGUGGAACGUGCACGUCCGGGCCGGCAUCACCGAAGAGAUGCCCGUGGGGACCGACUGGGAGCACGUGCCAGGGCUGCAGGCCUGCCAGCUGGCACUAAGCACCAGGACCGUGUGGGCCCGCUGCCCCAACGGUGACCUUGCCCGGCGGUACGGCAUCACCGACAAGAACCCCGCGGGAGACUACUGGAAGAAAAUUCCUGGCAACGUGACGUGUUUCACAGUGACCUCGUCAGAUGAGCUGUGGGCCGUGGGCCCCCCCGGUUACCUCCUCCAGCGGCUGACGAGGACUUUCAGCCACUCACAUGGUGCCGCGAGCAGCCAUGCCACCACCCCCCACCCCGAGGACCUGGAGGACGAGUGGGAGGUCAUCUGACGGAGCCUCGGGCCAGGCGCUCAGGAGGGAGCAGGCCGAGAGAGGGGGGUGGACACGGUGGUUUCGGAGUCGCGGGCUCUUAGCCACACCUUGUCGGCUCCUGUCCAGACAUGUCGGGCCGGCUUGGACCGCCCACACUUGCUUUCAUCCAUGUUUGUUUCCGUCUUGUUCCAGAACCCACAGCCUCAGCCAAGUGAUCUGGAGCCCUUGCUGGCGCGGCCGUGCCUCUGAGCUCCUGCAGAGGCCGCCUCCUCCCGGCCUUGCCGGGCCCGCCGCAGGCAUGAGCUGGGGAGCCGGAGGUCAGCGUGCUCCCACCGCUGAGGGGGUCCCGCUCAGCUUCAUGGUCACCACAGGGACGUGAGUUCUAGCACAUUCCAUGCUGGACACCCCGGCUGGGAAACCCAGCCUACGUCAGAGAGGUGGGGCACUGGUUUGUGCCAGCACACAGCGCGCGCACAUACACACACACACACCCCCAACCCAUGCCCUCCCGGCCCGCUCACAGGGCACGGCAUGCUCGCUUCCUGGAGAACACACUUUAGCCAAAACAAUACAGGCCGGUGGAGGACACGGAAUAGAAAAGGUGCACGUGUUUCCAAGGCAGCCGUGGCCCCGGGAGGCGCAGCGGGCCGUGGGGGAGCUCAGCCAUGGGAGCUCACUGAGCGCGCUCGUCGCAGUGCUGUGCAGUGCUGCUGGCGGCCGUUGUGGAGCCCAGAAGCGUCCUCACAGGAUGUGUCUACUAAUUAUUGCCUUUUUUGUUUGUUGUAUUACAAACCUGCAUAAGAUACCUCAUUCGAAAUCAGCUCUUAUAAAUUUAGAGGAGAAAUGUAUUCCCUGAAACCAGCGGAAGGCCUUUCGUUCCUCCGCGAGGUUGGCCCUGGGCCUGCCUGGUCCUCCGCCGCAGCUUCCCCGAGCUCGGGUACCCCCUCUGGGGCCGUCGUGGGACCUUCCGGCUGGCUCGAGCUCCCGUGGAUGCCUCCUGGGAGUUCCCGACGGGGCCUGCAGUGGCCUCGCCAGACCUCAGUCUUUGGGGUCCUCGCAGGCAUCUGGGCCAUGGGCUCGGCAGCCCCACCACGGGUCCACCCCGAGGUCAGCACCUCCCAAUCCCGCAGGCGGCUCCCAAGCAGGACUCCAGCCUCGCCGCUUUUUUUAGUCUGCCUUUGGCCCAGGGCCCAGUUACUCGACGCCUGUUUUCUCCUAAGCAAGUGUGUCCGGGAGCCCCCAGGCCACAGCUGAAGAGCGAUCAGAUGUGUUCUCUGACGGGACCCGGCCAGCCGCAAAGAUGGGGGCGUUCCUGGUCUAAACGAGGACAAGAGUCUGAAAUCCCAGAUCCUACUUCACACUCCACUUUUGUAGAAUCCUUGUUUUCGGAGUUUGGUGACGGCAGAGGCCAGCCCAGGCUGGCUGCGGCCUCUCUCUGUGUAUGUUGUGCCUUGCCCGGCCCCCCUCAGACGGCAGAGUUCCCCUAAACCCACGGGACUUUAGUGCAAUUAAACCUAAGUCUAGUUGGAUACUUUUAAACUACUUUUAGCUUCAGUGCUUUGUAUGGUUUUUCCUUCUGGUUUUAAUUUUCAGCUGUGCUUUGAGACAGUGCAAUAAACUAGACUUUUUCCAGACCUGGUCGAGUCUGGUGUUUGGGCUGUGAGAAAGGGCCCCCGUCAGGCGCUCACGAGGCCGGCCUGCCCACCUGUGCUGGAAGAAUCUGCCAAUGGCGUCGGCCAGCACAGCCCCACAGCCAGGAGAGCGUGGCAGAUGUGAUGUUUAAAUAUGCACCAGCGUCCCCAGGGCGGCCGUCCAGAGGUAGAUGCGCCCCCGGUCGCCCCUGGGAAGGACGCCGUCAGGGGAGGCGGAGCACAGAGCUGUCUCCGCUUGGAGGCCCGCCGAGGCCAGGCUGCCAUGGGCAGGCUUCAGAAGGGUUCGAGCCCCUGGGCCUAAGACUCCAUCCAAGAAACAAAUCCAAGUGUCGGCCGCGCCCUGCUGGAAACCAGCAUGUGGGAGAGGAUCCCAUUCAUAGCAGCAGGACACGUUGUAUGCCACGGAAGACCUGAACGAGGUGUGUCCGGCUCCUGUCAGGGAAUGUCACACUCCACAGAAGACGGCGGAGAAAGUUUGAAUUCAGAAGACAUGUCCGAUGUCCCUGAUGAAAGACAAAGGAAACCGUAGACAUCCAUCCUUCCCAAAGCGUUUAACUGUUUGUCAGAACGCUUGGUGGAAUGGGGCGCCUGGGUGGCUCCAUGGGUUAAGCCUC